CGGUAAUUUGCGAGCGAAGAAGAAGAACACGUGCUUCCGGUUUCCACUCCAGACUGCAUGUGAGGGAGUGUGUACUGUAAAUAUAGCGGAUUCAGUUAUUAAAAGGUGUGAAGAUGGUUCGUAAGCUAAAGCACCAUGAGCAGAAGCUAUUGAAGAAGGUGGACUUCAUCAACUGGGAGGUGGACAACAACCUGCACGAGGUCAAAGUGCUGCGGAGGUUCCGCAUCGAGAAGAGGGAAGACUACACCAAGUACAACAAGCUGAGUCGUAACAUCAGAGAGCUGGCACAGAAAAUCAGAGACCUGGAUGAGAAGGAUGGCUUCAGAGCUCAGAGCACACAUCAGCUACUGGAAAAACUAUACAGCAUCGGUCUCACCCCCACCCGACAGAAUCUGUCCCUCACAGAGAAAGUCACAGCCUCCUCAUUCUGCAGGAGGAGGCUGCCCUGCAUCAUGCUGAGUCUACGUAUGGCUCAGAGCCUGAAGACAGCCAUCACCUUCAUUGAACAGGGACACGUGCGCGUUGGCCCAGACAUCGUCACAGAUCCAGCGUUUUUAGUCACAAGGAAUAUGGAAGACUUUGUCACUUGGGUGGACUCCUCCAAGAUCAGGCAGCAUGUCAUGAAUUAUAAUGAUGAGAGGGAUGACUUUGAUCUGUUUGCAUAAGUCCGUCUCACCCUGGAGGAUGGGACAAUAAAUCUGCUCCUUUAACUGUGGAGUGGAUAACCUGACAACCCAGGAGUGAACCGUCUGAAUCUCAUAUAAACUUGGAAUUUGUUGGAUGAAAAUCAAGCGUUCCCGACACAGUUUUCUCUGAGCCGAGACAGAAGGAACACACUGUCUUCACUGAACUUCUCUCUUCUGUUGUCAUUAAAUUGUGCAACUAUAACCCAUUGACAGUUGACCAUCCAUCCAGACUGUCUGACUCUGCAGGGCUGGUGACUCUGUAUUUGUCAUGUUUGACUUUGGACUGUAUACCUGUUCAGCCAGCAGUAGCUCAGGAACACAGUCCCAGUGGUUUAAACACUGGACAACAUCACAUUAGUUGUUCAGAGCAGCUUCCAGAGUUGUGACCGUUCCUUCUCUCUGCAUAGUUAAAUAACAUCUGCAUGAACAUCAGCUGGCUUCACAGGGUUAGCAUGUAUAUGAGCAUGUAUAUGAGCAUGAAAAUGCCGGUUCAGAGGUGUGAAUGCACCAUAGAGAGGACUGUAAUGUUUUUCAUAUUAAAAGUCCAAUGUUAUACAUAUUUUUUUAUUUUCAGGUUCAUACUUUCAUUUUAGGUGUCUUCUAGUAAUAUUUUUUCACAUGCUCUUGUGUUUAAGGAUGCAUUAUUUUCUUAUACUGUCUAUUGCUGCAGCGUCUCUGUUCAUUUUCUGAAUGCUCUGUUAUAGUGUCUCUCUUUACGGUCCCCCUUCUGCAAAAGCCCAGACUGCUCUGAUUGGUCAGCUCUCACAAGCCUGAGCAGGCGCUGCAAUAUGGCCCCUUCAGAAUAACUUUCAAAUGGAAACAGUGUAACAAUUUGAUAAAUAUUUAUUUGUUUCAAUAAGACUUUGUUACAAUGUAAACUUUGUGAACAAUAAACAUUCUUUUAUCACA